AUGGAGUUCGUCGAGUUCUACAUCACCUGCAACCCCCCCUUGCUCCCUAGCGGUGUCGACUGGGUCGACGAGCUGAUCGAGCUCCUCUACGAGCCCGAAAUCCCCUGGUUCAAGGUCCUGACCCCGCGCGAAUGUCAAAAGGCCGUCUCGGAUUUCAUUCAGGACCUUCUGCUCAAGGUCGUGCAAGAGGACACCGAUCUGUGCGACCCAGACCAAGCCAAGAGAGCCGGCGAUGCUGCCCAUCACGUUCCUUCCGACAUCAAAACAAUUGGGAAGCGCCCCCGAGUCUUUGCCUGGUCGCAGUUUCAAACCGACUCCGGGCCCGAACAUGGCUUGUUCGAUGCCCACCGCUUUCCGUUGAACAUGCACGACCUCAAGCACAAGGCCGUUUGGAGAGGUCUGGAAUCUGGCGACUCUUGGACUAUCGACUACUUCCUCCAGCUUCUAGCGUCCCAGUGGAAGGAUGUCGGGGCCCCGGCCUCCAUCGAGGAAAUCCAGGAGUCGUUCGGGUGCCAGAUUACCUACAACAUGGCAGCCGAUCUGGUCUACAUCGGCACUGAUUUGGAUUGUUUGGAUACGGACAAAGUCACUCAAGCUUUGGACAACUUUCUUGCAGUCGUGACCUACGGCAACCGCCAGUGUCGACAGCUGCUCGUUCCAGAAGAGACCGGGACAUUCCGUUUUGCAUACAAGUGGCUCUCGCACGUCGGUCAGGACCGUGCAACGUACAUCUCGUCGAAGAAAGGUCCCCCACCUGAUGAAUUUCGUCGUCUUCAGACGGCCGUGACUGUCAGAGCGCAGCGCCAAGAUGCGAAUGGAACCUGGACCCAGGACGAAUACAAGUACGCUCCCAAACAAGGUGUCAAGCCAGGAACCACAAAGGUUUUCUCCUUAUUCGAAGAGUUUCAGUACCCGAAGAAGUUACCGACGGCCGUGGUGAAUCUAUUCGAGAAAAUCGUGCAAGCAUCGCGAACCCUCCGCAAUGGAACGAGUCCAAACGUUCCUGGGAACCUGGGCCAGAACGUCCGACCCAUAGCACCUGGUGGAGACACGUCUGUUGAAGAUAUCUUCGGGGAAAGUGUGCCAGUGUUGAGCGCCGAGCCGCUCGAACCCGCGAAGCAAACGUCGUCCCGAAGCCUGGUGGAGACUUGGCGAGAUGGCGUGAGGCAGGCACAACAAGAAAAGCAGGUGCAGAGCCAGGAGGAAGAGGCCUUGAUCUCGUUCGACGAGCCUCAAGAGAUUCUCCCGCGCGAAAGCGAUCUCUUGGCCGCAGCCCAUCUCGAGAUGGUAAUGGGCGUCAAAGAUCAGCAAACAAGCGACGCACGGGGUCACUUCGACACGUCGGAUGACCUUAUAUGCCUUGAGCCGGCACCUCAACCCCACGCGCUCGAUCCGUCGCUGAAGCAAACGCUUCAACAGCCAAUUGAUUUGUUGUCUCAGCCACCAUGCGUCGACUGGAGCCAGGAGCUGAGUCUGAGUAUCUUGGACUCAGUUGUCCCGCCUCUCGCCGGCCUGACUAUUCAACAAGUCCAGGCGCCCACACUCGUGACAACAUGUCCUGCGCCGCCAGAGAAGGCGGUGUUCACGCCGUCCAACGGCCGGCCCUCCCGGAAGAGCCAUAUCCUGAAAUUGGCCGAAGCCCAUACAAAAGAUUUGGCCAGCAUUUUGGAGCUCUCUCCUGGACUCGUCUCGAUCGAGCUCAAGUUCGGCCGCUUCUACUUGAAGAAUCUGAGUCACUCUCAAGUCGAUAUCGGCUCUGGCCCGUACUGGACCAUGGCCGAGAUGCUAGACUCGCUCAACGCCGACGAUGUACCAGAAAGCUGCAUCGGCUUUUCCACCGCGCUAACGACGUGUGGACCAGACGUAGAUGACUUGGUCGAGAUGCAUCCUCCCGGAGAAGCCCCCUGGGUACACUUCGAAACGCAGGUUUGCUACGAGAUCUCCUGUUGCUUGGAGGACCAGGCGCCCUUCAUCGUCGAGAUCGACGCGGAAACGUUCAAGACCUGUUGCCGCGGAGUUGAAAAGGAGCUCGGAGAUCUAUACCUCCAUUGUGUGCGACGUCCUUGGGAUAUGCAAGUGCGCGUCUCUCAGAGGACUGCCCUGAACCAGUCGACCCUGCACGUCGCCAUCGCAGAUGCACUAGUGGCGUCGAUGAAUGUCACACCUACCAGUGCAAAAGGGUUCGCCAUUGAGACGACAAUCGACGAGCGACUCGGAGCGACAGUCGAGAGCAUCAGCAUCCGGCAUGCCGCUCGAUACCGUCAGACGCAGGAGACGGGGAGCAUCCUCACGGUCGCAAUGACCAAGAGGCUGGUCCCCGGGGAGAAGCACGAGAAGCGGAUGAAGUGGCGCCUGGGCCAGAAACUCUACGAGGGCGUCCCGUGUCUCUGGUACGAGGUGUCGGUGUCGUCCGGAAGAGCCCGAGACCUCUUUGCGGAGAACGUCGGCAUGGCCUUUGGGGACAGGACGUCGUGGGAUUGCGAGCAGCUGGACAGGGAGGGCGUCUUCGAGGACAUCUGCCGCCCGGCCCUCGGCAUGAUCACCCAGAUGGACGAAAUCGGCUUGCUGAAUGACAACGGGCUCCGACAGAAGGGUCAUCGCUCCUUCCACGACUCGUUGGCCGAGGCCAAGGAGCGCUGUGGGGGAGAGUCAGUCUUCUGGUAA